AUGCCAGAAUCAACCAUCGGAAACGACGACUUUACAACUAUUCCACCGACAGAGCAGCAGCAGCAGCAUCAGAAUGAUGAUGAUCCUUGUAAGAAGUUGGCAGAGCAACAACCACCCCAACCAACGAGAAGAAUGAGACGACCCAGAGGAAUGUCACAAUCAUUGCACUCGUACAUUGAUCAUAAUCGACCCUCGAUUCUGCGGGCAGAGACAACGGAUGAUAAUUUAUUUGAUCGCCUUCAGGAACAAAAUGCACGUCUUCCUCCUCAGGAAUCGACCACGUUUAUCCUUGCCCAAAUCGAGCGUCAAAACAACUUGCUUGAAAAAGAUCCAAAGGCACUCAGUUUGCAAUCUAACCAUUUGGUGGGCGAUGAGACAACUGUACAGCAAUUGGUCACCGACAAUGUCAAUGCAAAGCAGCAGCAGCAGCAGCAGCAGCCAUCAACCACACCACCAAUGACACCUACACGUUGCCGUGUAUCAGGAGAAGAUGAUAUCGACUGGGACUUUUGGGAAGCUGUGAUCCAAGACUUUGAUCGAGUCGCCAUAAGGAUGCCCCACUUGUUAUCUGUCAAACUACGAGGAGGCGUUCCUACUCCAUUACGAGGAUUGAUAUGGCAAGCCAUGUGCAAGUCUGGUUCAUUACACUUGGAAACGGUUUAUGGUCAGCUAUGCAACGAGCAAUCACCUUAUGAGCGUGUCAUCCAACGUGAUCUGACACGGACAUUUCCAUGCAUUGACAUGUUCAAGCAAGAAGGUGGAGAAGGUCAACUUGCCAUGCGUCGCAUUCUAGAAGCCUAUAGCCUUUAUGAUCCGGAUGUGGGUUAUUGCCAAGGUCUUGCCUUUGUCGUCGGCCCAUUGCUCAUGCAUAUGCCCGAAGUUCAAGCUUUUUGUGUGUUUGUACGCCUCAUGGAAACGUAUGAAAUGCGCCCCAUGUUUACACACAAGAUGGAAGGCUUGCAGUUGCGAUUAUAUCAGUUCUCAUGCUUGCUCAAGGAACAUUUACCCGAUUUGGCUGCCCACAUGGAAGCGCAUGGUGUGCAUGCUGCCAUGUACGCAUCCCAAUGGUUCCUCACCUUAUUUGCCUAUGGAUUCCCAUUGCCAUUGGUGGAACGUAUCUACGACAUUGUGUUUGCUGAAGGUGCUGCUGAGACGAUCAUGCGUGUCGCCAUUGCUAUGCUACGACGUGCUGAACCACGUAUCCUUCAGGAGACAGAAUUUGAAGACUUGCUCGAUCAUGUUACAUCUCAUCGAUUAUGCGACUCGUAUGACAAUCAUGCCGAUGUUAUUGAAGAUGCCACUGCUUUAUCAAGUACCAUCACACGCGAAAAGAUGGAUGAGCUUGCUGAGCAAUACCAACUCAAUGGCGUGGAUGAUGACAACAAUGUAGUGCUUCCACAAUCAUCAUCAGGCACCAACAAUGGCAACAAUAGUCGAUUCAGCUUCUUUUGGAGACGUAGCAAAAAGUCAUCGGUUGUAAACAAGAAACAAGAGCAAUUGAGACGAUCGGCAAGUAGCAGCAAUAGCAUCAAGAAACGAUGGUCAUCGGCUGUCACAUCGCCACCUUCAUCAACAUCACCUGAUAGUGUGGGAGGCCGUGCUAGUUUCAGCUCCGUAAGAAGCUUUUCAUCGUCAUCGUUUAUGAUGGUGGAUCCAUCACCGCCCUCGUCUUUGACGUCAUCUGGAUCAGCCAGCAGCAAGUAUGUGACGCUUGAACAGCAUGAAGAAGAAAUACAGCGAUUAUCAUGGACAUUGGCACAACUCAACACCAAGCAUCAGCAAACAAUUGAUGAGCUUGUGGAACUCAAAAUGGAUAAACAAGAUGUCGAGAGUGAAAGAGAUGCCUUAAAGAUUACGGUACGAGCGCUUGAAAAGGCAAUUCGUCAAGGCAAUGGCAGUGGACGUUUAUCAACAUCAGCAUCCAAUCGUCGAAGAUCAUCAUCAUCACCAGAACAUGGCAACAUGCAUAAAGAUUUGGAGGAGGAUGACAGUGACAGCAUGCAUAGCUUAUCAUCACCUGAUGGCUGUUUCUCUGAUGCCACUAGUCAAAGCGUUGCCACGACAAUGGCGAGCUGCAGCAACGAGCACGAUGGCAACAAUAACCAUGGCAACAGUGGUGGUGGUAUGGAUCUGCGAUCGGAGCUUGUGCGAAUCAAGGUGGAGAAUUUUGAGCUACAGCAACAAUGCGAGAAGCUUACUCAAGAAGUUGAGGACGUGCAAUCCAAAUUGGAUAUGGUGAACGAGGGACAAAUGGCAUUGGUGGACAAGAUGAUUACAACCAAAGCUGAUAUGGACGAAGUGCUCAAGGAAAAGAAAGCCAAGGACCUUGAAUGGAUAGAAGCAACCCAAGAAAACAACGUCUUGAAAAAAGAGUUGGCCCAUGUCAAGCAACAAUUGGCCCAAGCGCAGAUGCAGGAUAACGAAGCCACGUGCAGCAAACUCCACAGGAUACGCGAACUCGAGCGCGCCUUGGCUGAAGCCAAAUUGCAGUUGGUCGAAUAUGAAACUGGCAUGGUGGAAUAUAAACGUCGUACAACCAUUGAUUAUGCACCACCUUCAUCAUCUGAUAUUAAGAACCGAACUGGCGUGGAUAUGCGCCGUGCAUCAAUGCAACAUCCACCACAUCCACCACCACCAUCAUCAUCCUCUUCUUCAAUGACACGUUCAUCUUCCAUCUAUGGCAGAAUGUGGCAUGCAAUCACACCUCGACAAUCAACAACUAUUGAAGCUGAUUCUUUAUCAAGCGAUCAAUGA